ACGGAAUGUAUUGACUGUUGUUGCACAUAUUGCAGCUCUAUCACCAUCUGACUGAUCUGUCACUUUCAAAGGGAAUGGGAGUGAUACACGUAACCUCGCCUAUUAGCUUAAGAUAUCUAACAAGUGUCCACGUACGCUUAGAGAACAAAUAAUUAUUUUUUAAUUCGCCGCUAUCAUGAAACUCGGCUGACGUGCACACGCAUGUGUUAAUCGUUAUAAUCGCUUAAAUAAAAUAUCGUUAUUUGAUUUUGCGUGCAAUUUUUUUAAGGCUUCGAAAAUGGAGCAGAUAAAGAUCCCCAAGGUAGAAAACGUGAGGAUGCUAGACAAAUAUAGCAAUAAUCAUUCCAUUGGCACACUCUACCUAACAGUGACACAUCUCAUCUUUGUUGAAAGAAGCGGCAAAAAGAAGAUAUGGGUUUUAUAUACGCAUAUUUCUAAUAUAGAGAAACAGCCGUUGACGACCACAGGAUCACCAUUGUAUAUUAAGUGCAAGCAUUUCUUCAUUGUCACAUUUGUCAUCCCAAAGGAACGCGAUUGCCAUGAGAUUUAUCUCACAUUAUUAAAAUUAUCCUGCCCAGCUAGUAUAGAAGAUUUAUAUUGCUUCAAUUAUCAAGAAAAUAAGGACACACUACCUCAGCAUGCAGGAUGGAAUUUCUUCAAUGUACAAAGUGAAUUUCAACGGCAAGGAGUUCCUAACGAGGAAUGGUCACUUUCGUAUUUAAAUACUAAUUAUGAGCUUUGCGAUACUUAUCCUAGGUACUUAUAUGUUCCCAGUGCAUCUACUAAAAACAUUUUAUUAGGCAGUGCAAAGUUUAGAAGCAGAGGGAGGCUACCAGUUUUAACGUACUUGCAUUCAAAUAAGGCUGCCAUUUGCCGCUGCAGUCAACCACUCUCAGGAUUUAGUGCACGGUGUCCUGAAGACGAAGAAAUGAUGCAUAAUAUAUUAUGUACAAAUCCUAAUUCUCGGUAUAUGUACGUUGUCGAUACAAGGCCGCGGAUUAAUGCCUUUGCUAACAGAGCUGCAGGGAAAGGAUAUGAGAACGAAAAUUUCUAUGACAAUAUUAAAUUCCAUUUUUUCGGAAUAGAGAAUAUUCAUGUGAUGAGAACGAGCUUAAAUAAGCUUUUGGAUUUACAAAGAUCAACCUCUAUGAGUGCAUUCUUAAGUGGUCUAGAAAGUAGCGGUUGGUUAAAGCAUAUUCGCUCUAUUCUGGAAACCGCUUGGUUCAUUGCACGAGCAAUUUUGAACGGCGUAAGCGUAGUAGUGCAUUGUAGUGAUGGAUGGGAUCGCACUGCGCAAGUGUGCUCUCUGGCCGCAUUACUAUUAGAUCCAUUUUAUAGAACCAUCCAAGGUUUUCAAGCUUUAAUAGAAAAGGAUUGGCUAUCGUUUGGUCAUAAAUUUAGUGAUCGUUGUGGCUAUGUUAGUAGUGAUGGUAAAGAACUCGCACCAAUAUUUACACAAUUUAUAGAUGCGACAUACCAACUGCUACAGCAAUAUCCAUAUAAAUUUCAAUUUAAUGAAUAUUUUCUUGUAACGUUACACGAUCAUGUACAUAGCUGUCAACACGGCACAUUCAUCGGAAAUUCGGAGAAAGAAAGGCAAAUAUUAAGAUUGUCUGAACGAACGUAUUCGUUAUGGGGCUACUUAGCGAAUAAUAUGAAUGAAUAUAUAAACCCAAUCUACAGAUGCAAUCGUUAUAAUAACGAAGACACUGCUGAUAUUCUUCAACCUAAAUUGGCACCUCAAUCUAUCGUUCUUUGGAGAGGCUUGUACUUUAGAUUUGAAAAUGGAAUACAUCCUAGAGAAACGUGCGAAGACUUAAUUCUGACAAUCCACGAUCACACAAGUUCCUUAGAAGAUCAUGUAAAGCUUUUGUUAAAACGAGUAAAUUCUUUGGGGCAACUUUUAAAUACCAGUAACACUCAAAAGAAGGGAAAGUAUAAAUUUGACACUAAAUUCACGAAGGAAUCUUUGUCAGAUAGUAUAAUAGAGAACACCGCAAAUCACGAUGAAAAAACGAGAGCUAAACUAAAAGCAAAUCAAUUGGAAAAUGAAUUAAAGACAGUUGCCUUAGAAUGGAAAUCGUCUCGAAAUAUGGAAGAAUGUGGAUGCUCUACCACAUUCGAUGCUUUUAACAAAAAGCAUCAUUGUUGGUCCUGUGGUGAUGUACUAUGCACAAGAUGCAUGACAGUGCAUACUAAAUUAUCUGGACAUCUGUCACAACGUGCCGUACCCACGUGCAAAUCGUGCUAUCAAAGUUUUAGCAUAUCUACCACUAGUCCUUAAACGUGCAAUUAUACUACUUUAUAUUUGUAUGCACGUUUUUUUUUUUAGCAAAAUAAUGAAGAAGCGUAACAUAUAUAUCGCAUAUA